AUUUUAGUUUGAUAUUUUAUUUCUUUUGUGAAAAGUUUCGAACCGGGAAAGGUCAUUGUACGGAGGCGGACCAGUUCAAACUUCACAUCCACCCAGCGCCGACUCUUGCACACGUUUCCAACGCUCAAAUUCCUCCGAACGGCGACGUAUUAGACUCUCAUUCGUUGCUUGCUUCCCGUAGAAAUCACCAGCCCCAACCCAAUCACGGACGACAACCAUUCCCCACCCUCUCUCUAGGGUUUUUUAAUCCAAUUCCAAUACAACAGCAAAUGUCCUCCACCGGAUACAGUAGCCUACCGCCAUAUAAUGGCGCCGGCGGCAGCGGCGGGGGCGGGGCCGGAGUCUUCUUCCGAGCCAAAUCGCGUACCCAGUCGCUCUUCGCCAUGCGCCGCCCCUGGCGCGAGCUCUUGGCUCACCCUGCCUCCUACUCUAUACCGUACAGUUUCAGCGAUUUCGCCUCUCGCCUCAAGCGCAACCUCGGUUACUUCCGCGUCAACUAUGCCAUGAUCGUGCUUUUUAUUCUCUUCCUCAGCCUUGUGUACCACCCGAUCUCGAUGAUUGUCUUUCUAAUAGUCUUCUUGUUCUGGUUUCUGCUCUAUUUCUUCCGUGAUGAGCCGAUCGUGGUGUUCCAUCGCACGGUGGAUGAUCGCGUGGUGCUGAUUGCGCUUGGAGUUGUGACGAUUGCAAGUUUAGUUUCCACACGCGUGUGGUUGAAUGUUUUGGUCUCUGUUUUGAUUGGAGCGGCGGUGGUGGUUCUGCACGCGACCUUCAGGGUUACGGAAGAUUUGUUUCUGAAUGAAGAUGAGGUUGCUGAAGGCGGGUUGCUCUCCGUUGUUGGAACUACUUUUUGAUAGAAAAAGUUCCGACUUUCUAGUGCUUUUGAAAAUUUUGGCAAGGAAUUAGAAUGGUAAUUCGAUGAAUUAGGUACUUUCUUGGAUAGAAAUUGCCCAGAUAUUAAAUCAAAGGUUUGAAUAUUUUUACGUUCUCCCUCCCUACUCAAGUAGUAUAAACUUUUUGUAUAUAUAUAAUGCCGUGUUUUUCUUUCCGAUA